CGCGGGCUGCCCCCCUCCCCGGCGGCGGCGGCGGCGGCGCAGGCCGGGGUCGCCCGGGCUGGGCGAGGAGCCCGUCUGCCUCCGGCUGGGGGACAAGGUCUUCUUCACUGAGGAGACCCCGCAGGUAGGUACUUGGGAGCUGUAGGCUUAACAGAAGUAUAUUGUAAGAAGGAGAGGGUGGAGGCAUGGUGAACGACAUCAGAGCGAGGCUCCUGGUAUAGGUGGGCCAUAAUGGAAGAAGGCACAGACAAGUGGGUGAAGGAUAUGAAGGGAGCAGUUACUUAGGCAGUCCCUUGAUGACUUAAACAAAUGGACUCUACUUCUCAUAUCUCCUUUUAUUUAUUCUGAUAAAAUACUUGACGCAGAACAUAUAGCAUUUGUGACUGAAAGUGUUUCUGCCCAGGCAGAUGAUUUACAGACUAUAUCUAGUUCCUCAAAAAAGGUUAUAAAGUGGUCAGACUAUUGUUCGCCUUUGGCCUAUAAACCCGGAGAACCUUAUAAAUUAAUUGCUGAAGCAAGUGUGGAUAACUUCAGUAACCUUGGAAUAGCAUUCAUGGAAGACAGACUUCAAAUGGAUAAUGGAAUGGUGCCACAGAAGAUUAUUUCUGUCCAUUUACAGGAAUCUGCUCUAAAAGAGCUUGAGCGGAUGGCUGCACCUACAGAAGAGAAUAGCACUAAUAGCAUACACAUGGAUGAAUUGACCCCUGCUCCUCCAUUUGCAGCUGCAACUAAACAAGGAUCCAUGUCAACUGAUUCUACAGGAGGAGGUGACCAGGAGGUGAGAGAAGAGAAAUCCAGGCUGGAGAAAAGAAGUGAGCCUCACGAUGAGCCUAAUAACCUAUCUGAAAGGGAGACAAGUACUAGUAAACAUCACCACUUGCACCUUUCCAGCUGCCAUGAAUGCUUUGAACUUGAAAGCAGCACCAUUGAGUCAGUCAGAUAUGCUUCAUCAGAAAACAUUCCAGAACUUCCUGAUGAUUGCAGUGCUAAUGUGGAAGAAGUUACUGAUGGCUGUCUGGCAAGAGAACUAAGAAGGAUAAACCUCACUGGGAAGCCUCCCAAUGUUUUAAUUUAUGUGGGCUCUGACCCUAUGAAAAUCAAAUUUGAGAAGAUAAAAUCAGUGCUCAAGGAGUGCAUUGAUACAGACAGCUACACCAUCUACCAGCUGGUAGAGGAACAAGUUCUGAAAGCUCCCUGGCUUGAUAACUCAUUGUUGUUGGUUAUUGCCAUAGAGGAACCCAUUUCUAAGGACAAUCACAAACAGUUCCUGACCUACUUGUCAAGAGGUGGGAAGAUUUUAGGACUUUCUGCCUCUUUUACAUUUGGCAGUAUACAGAUAAGGAGCAAAAGUGAACUGAAGAAGACCAUCCAAGAAUUAGUGUUCUAUAAAGCAGAUAACAGUGAAGUUAAGUUAAACCUUCUGACCAGUGGCAGUGUUUUUGAGCAAGAGGCUAAAGAAAAUCUCAGCCUAGUGAAGUCGUUGAGUCACUUAAGUAAUACAGAUAAAGAUAUGAUCAUUGUUCACCUACCAUAUGGAGAUUGUGGAGGAGAAGCCAUUCUGUGUCAGAUAUACUUGGAAAUGGAUAUUGCCUCUCUGACUACCCAAUCCCUAGAAGAUUUUAAUUUACUCAAAAUGAGCAAUGCCAAGAGAUAUGAAGUUCUUAAGGAGAUCCUGACCUUACUUGGCCUGAGUUGUGAAUUAAGUGAAGUUCCUUCACUAACUCCUAUUUAUUUGCUUUCUUCUGAUGAGGAAAAUCGUAUUGCUUUUCUGAAGUGGCUUGGAAAAAAAGUAGAUGUUGAAGGAUUAAUAAAAUCCAGCAAAAUGACCCUUAAAUUUGUCUCGUCUUACAAGCCGGAAGUUGAGAUAGUGCCAUCUCUCAUACCAGUCGUCACUGUGGGAGGCUUCUCAUCUGAACACUUCAGCCUGCAGACAUAUCAACAGAAUCUGCAAACAAAGAAGCUUGGCAAGAUAGUUCUGUUUGCUGAAGUCACAUCAACAACAAUGAAUCUUCUUGAUGGGUUGAUGUUCAAUUUGCCUCAGGAAAUGGAUUUAAUAGCCAUUGCAGUUCGACAAACACAAGGGAAAGGUCGUGGUGGAAAUGUCUGGCUUAGUCCUGUGGGAUGUGCUCUAUCAACUUUACAUGUUUCCAUUCCUUUGUCUUCCCAGCUGGGACAGAGAAUUCCUUUUAUUCAGCACCUGGUAUCCCUGGCUGUGGUGGAAUCAGUGAGAUCAAUACCAGGAUAUCAGGAUAUUGACCUGCGAGUGAAGUGGCCAAAUGAUAUUUACUACAGUGACCUUAUGAAGCUUGGUGGGGUUCUGGUAAAUUCCACACUUAUGGGAGAGACAUUUCACAUACUUAUUGGCUGCGGAUUUAAUGUGAAUAAUAGCAAUCCCACCAUAUGCAUCAAUGAUCUCAUCAUGGAGUACAAUAAGAAAAAUAUGACAAAACUAAGGUCUUUAACAGCAGACUACCUGAUUGCUAGGAGUGUAACUGUGCUGGAAAGACUAAUUGAAACAUUUCAGGAGAAAGGACCUGAUGGAGUUCUUCCCUUAUAUUAUAAACAUUGGAUACAUGCUGGUAGGCAAGUCCGUCUCUGGAGUGAAGAGGGCCCAUUAGCAUGGAUAGUUGGAAUCGAUGAUUGUGGAUUCCUUCAAGUUCAUGAGGAAGGAAAAGGUGUAGAGUCUGUGCACCCAGAUGGCAAUUCAUUUGACAUGCUGAAAAACCUUAUUAUCUCAAAGCAGCGGUAGACCUUGGAGUUGGUGAAAAAGCUGCUCUAAGAAGUCUGUUCAGUAUUCAGCACCUAGCAGCUGAUCUUGGCUAUACACAAUAUAUCAAACUGGAAUGAUUGAGGUGAAGUGUAGAAGCUAAAUAUAGCAUUUUACAUUAUUAUUUCAUUUCUGCUGAGUUUUCUAGCCAGUGGCCCUAAGGACCAGUUAGUAUUUUGUAUGCAUUUUUUAUGUUGUAUAUUUUUAAGCAUAGAGGUGAGAGGUAGCUUAUGAUUAGGAGAAAUCAACUUUUUACCAAUCUCUAGUUUCUUCUUUCUUAACCUGGAUAGCUUAGUUGAAAGUUGCUACAAAAAUUAGCGUUAGCCCAUUACCGGAGACCCGUAAUCUUUUGCUAAUCGCCAUUUUUAAAAAAAUUCACUAAUGUUAUUGUUUGUUAUAAGCAUUUAAAGUAGGGAGGUAUUUGCAAAGGAAGAUGUUAAACUCAUUAAUUCAAUAUAUUUAAAUUUACACUAAAAAAACUAUAUUUUUUUUAAAAAAAUGUGUUUGAAUAAUGCAUUUGUUGUGGUUUUGCUUUGGGUAUAAGCAGUAAAAUGUUUAAAUUACUUAUUAUGAAAUUUUAAAGAAAUGAGUUCUGCCUAUGUCAGCUGUGGAGGACACGUGGAAGAACUCACCAGACAUGCAUAAGGGAAAGUGACAAGAAUUCUGCAAGUUUAUUAAGUUAACGGUAUACUCACUGCAUACUUAGAUUAUAGUCCCUCCCACCCUUUAGAAAUAAUGAGCAACUUUGCUGAUUCGAUUCUGCGCCCUGUGGGCUUCUAUUUCCUUUCAUCAUUCUGUAACUGGAUCUCUUUGCACCUCUCUUAUGGUGGCCUUAUGCUUGGACAUCCCCACGAGCAGUGCCUGUGAACUGGGUUCAUUUAUAACCCCCGAGAUAUAGAUCUUUUCUGCUUUUCUUAGCCUGUUAACUAGCUCUGAUUCUUAGUAAAUCACCCCAUGCCUCCUUGUAUCAUGGUCUUUCUUUCAAGAGCUCUUAACCCUUCAGAAGAAUUACCCACCACAUAUGCAAUUAGUGAAUCACUUAGUUGUCAUCCCCUAUGUUAUUGGCCAUCAAAUCCUCAGUCCAAGAAUUGAUAUCAGUGUUGACUGUACUUCACUCAAUCCCUGAGAGGUGAAUCGCAUCCAAGUGAUGAAAUAAGAGUAGGAACAUUGUUCUUAAGGUCUCCUCUGCUAGCAACUACUCCAGUGAGAAAAGCACAAUGAGGGGACCUCUGUUCCAACCAUCUCUCUAAAAUCUCUUUUAUUGUUUUAUUCAUACUAUUUCCCAAAGCAAGCCUCCUAUUGCAGUGUUGUUAAUUGAACCCAAGGGAUUUGAUUGUUUACUUGAAAGUGCCCUGCUGUGCAGCCUCCAACCUUACCUAAUUGCUGUACAGGUUGGGUCAGAUACAGUAGAUAAGAGAGUAUGUGACUGGAGGGCAUAGGCGAGAAGCGGAACUUGAGCUCCCAACUGCAUGGAUAUGCUUUCAGAUUCUUCUUCUGGACCAGUCAAAUUUUCAUUUACAGCUUGGUCACCUGAGCAAUGACCUCAAGCCAAUCACCACAUAUCAGUAGAUGUCAGGUGUGACCUGGGCAAUAGCCAGCUAUGUCUCCUAACGUGGACUGCCGUUGGUUAUUACUACACCCUUCCCUUAGGAAGCUUGGCUCAAUCAAGUGGGUUCUCACAAAUACAUUCCUGUCUUUUAGCCAAAAAUAGAAUUUAUGGGUUAAAGUUCACUUCAUAAAUAACCAAUAUAAGGAGAUUAGCUCAAUUACAAAUCCAAGAAAUCUUAGAGAGUUGACCUGUAAUGGUAGAUUAGAGUAAUCCUUACUUACUGGGAUUUGGCUGCUUUGUUGGCAAAUGGCUAGCAAUUAAGUUUUCUGUGUAUUUGAAGUGAAGAUUUUUACCUCCGUGUCAUAGUUUUUCACUUCUGCCUUCCAAAAGAGUCAGUUUCUUACAUCAGACAGGACUGCACACCAAAAAAUUGAUAGAAGAAACACAAUAGAUACUAAAUAUUGAAUGACUUAUUAAAUAAUUCAUAUUUAAUAUACUAUAUGUAAACAAUAAUACCCAACUUCCCUCUCACAAGAUCUUGGUUAGAAAGAAAAAAAGCUUAAUUUUAAUACUACGUUGGGCUGGGAACUUUUGACUGCUGACUUACAGAUAUACAUGAUUAUUUAUUUUUAAUACUCAAAUUUAAGUUUGAGCUACUAAUCUUAAAUACUGAGAGGAACUCUUGCAAUGUGGUGUUCUCCUCUUCUCUUCCUUUUCUUUAUACAGCUUACAAAUGAUGCAUGUUGCUUAUCUGCAGAAGGCAGAAUUUUGGUAUUGCUUUUUACUCCUUGCCAGCAUCCCCAUCUAUAAAUAGUGAAAAGAAAAUUCAGCAAUGCUCUUGGUGGUUCUUGGUCUGGUUUACUUCAUCAUGAAAACCUUCCUUUAAUGCAGAGCAGUUACAUUCCCAAUCUGACUAUUGUAUAGCUGAAUUAAUUCUAGAAAACUGCUGUUUGUGCUGCAGUCCUUAAUAUAAAACCUGACUGUCACUAUCAGGGCACAGUCAGGCAGCCUUUUUGUAAAGCAGAAUUAACACACUUAGGGUCAUAUCAUACCACUGAUUUUUUUUUUUUUUUUUGGUCUGAGCAGAGUUGAUCUGAAUGUGACUUACAGUUGAAAUGUGACAAUAUCUGGCCCAUACUGUAGUAAGAUCAAUAGCAGCUGUAGUUCUUCUGAAAAUUUCCAUAUGAAAUCAUAAACUUUAUAAUAGAGAUAAACCUGAACCACAAUCCCCUGACUGAAAUGCACCCAACUUCUUCAGGAAAUUUGGAUCCAGAUUGAACAUGGUGGCCUGCCCUGAUCUUGGUCAUGGACUGAUCCAAAACCCUGGAUACAUACACCCCAAAACAUUAGGAACAUUGGAAUCAACAUCUACUUCCAAAAUGUGCAGUUUAAGCCCAUGUAACACUUUACAAAAACCUAUUUCUGCAUAUAGAUGUACUGAUGCAGACCUGUAUGCCUUCCUGGAGCCUCAUUGACUUCUUUGGGACUCUGCACAGGAAUAUAGGCCUGCCCACAUGGUUUGGUGGGGUGCAUGGGUAUAAAUAUUCAUUAUCCCCACCCACACACACACUAUUUCUGUCAUUAGGAGGGUAAUGCAGCACCCUCAACUGACCUGGCCCCAACUGCUUUCUGCCUUUCCUGUCCGUACCUUUAAACUUCCCCUUUCUCCCCAUCUGCUGAAAGGGAGCUGUUAAAGGGGCAACACCUCUUUUUCUCCAACUAGCUGGACAAAGACCCACUUGCAUGCAUGUUGUAAUAGACACAUUAUCCCAAUAAAAAGACUAAGGGGGAAAAUUCUUCUUGUGGGCAGAGCUGAGUGUCUAUAAAACUUCACUUAGCUGCAAUGUCACAGGACCUGUAGAGCAGGCAGAUAUAUAUCUUUAACUAUAUAAUAAAAUGCCAACAGUUUUUCAUAGCUCCUAUCAUUGCUUUUUGGAUUUCUGUGGGGGGUUCUUAAUGAAAACCAUGUUUUGUUUAUGUUUUACACUGUAAUGCUAUUCUGGACAUGUCUGCAUUGGAAAAAUUAUUUAAUUUCCUUUUUGUAAAUGAAAACUAAUGAAGUGUGGACAUGUCAGAGCACAAGUAGAUCUUGUGGGAAUACUACUUUUCCUUUACGCUUUUUAAUGGCUUGUUCUUGUGUGUACAAGACUGCCUAUUGUCUUGAGAGGGGAAAAAACAGCCUUCAGAUGGAUGAAAUAUUUGUCAUAAACCUGACUUUUGCUUCAGAUGUACCAUAGAAUUUUACAAAGCAAAUUCCUAUUUUAUACAGAACAGCUGAGUAAGUCCAUUCUGACCAGCAGCUGUUACUGUCAAGAAAGCCUUUUUAUUCUACACUCAUCUUAAGGUAUAUGGGGAACACAGUCGGUAAUCUCAUUGUUUUUGUGCCAAACUUGU